UACGCUUUUUAAAUUCUAAGGCUACUUAUCGUUGUCAACACGGCCAGACAUAACAAUAUCUCUGACUCAAAAAGAUAACGCUUUAUUAUGAUGGAUGUGAACCUACGGAUUAUGUAGUAUGUGUUUUUAUUAUUGCGAAAAUUUUAAUUGUAUUUUUAAGCAAACGAGUAAUGGCACAAACUAUUGAAUCAACGGUCCAAGCUAAUACCUCUGAAAUAUUGAGAAAAAACAAGGGUAGAAAGAGUUCAAAAGUAAACAACAGCGAUAUAGGCCCUAUCCUAGAGUCCUUGGGAGACGAUAUAACAAUAGCAUCAGAAACAGAAAACGUGAAUAAAAAAAGAAACGGCCUAGUGACUGGAGCAAAAAAGAUUCCAUUUAUGGAUAACCGCGGUGAUUUUUCAAUUAAUUUCCCUGACAGACAGUUUACUCCAAACGUUUAUGUUGAAAAUCGAAGUGGCUUUCGUUCUCAUCCACUUAAAGAUUAUGAGAAAAAUAUGCCUAUGAAACGAAAUGAAGAAUCUACAAUUAAAAGAAGACUAAAUGACAAACAAGAACUGAUGUAUACGCAUAACAAUCCAGGAUUACAUUUUGUUAUCAGCAUACAUGAAACACUACAAAUUUUGACAUUUGCGUUAUUCGGCUUAUUGGCUGGUGCAAGUUUAGUGCAUACACUAUUCGUACAAUCAUUAAUUAAUCCAAGACAAAUUAAAAAUGAUGGUUCUUGGAAUUACAAUUACGGAGAUGGUUAUUUACCAUUAUUAAAAUAUUAUGGAGUUUAUGCACGUCCAAUCUCUAUUACAUUUUAUAUAUCAUUAGUUUUGAUAGGUGUUUUUGUAUUCGGAAAAUUUGAUUUAGGAAGGCCAACAACAAAUUGUAUUCGGAAAUGUGUUAAACUUCAGAAUGGACUAAUGGCUAUCAUAUUUUAUAUGAUCGCUUUCGUAAUACACAAUUCGAUGGGUUGGUUUGAUUAUAUAUUUCAUGUGAAUAGUUAUAAAUCUGAAGAUGAAAUAAGAUACCUAUUGAGUACACAAAUUGAUUUAAAUAAUUUUCUUAAAAUAUGGCAAAUACUUGAUGCUUGUCGUACUGCAUUCAUAUUAAUAACAUGGAUAUCAGUUGCACUAGGUGAUUCAAUUCAUGACAGGUUAACUACAACGUUGAAUAUUAAUCCUAUGAAAAUCGGAGAUGGUAGUGGAAACAAUAUCCAGCCGAAUUAAACAUCACUAAAAUAUACAAAUGACAUUUGUAAUCCCUCUUCUUCAUAGCUCCUAAAGAGAAUUCGUAAUUUGAAAAAUAUACAAUGAUAAUUGAAUGUCUAUUUUUGAAGCUUCAAGAUCCAACUAUUCUCUACAUAACUCUUAUUCUUCAAAAACAAAUUAAAUUCUUGAACCCAGUCUACGAUGCAGACAAAUCGACUGAUACACAAUAAGUUGCAUCAUGUAAUAACUGAAUCUAAUUAAUCGCUAUGUAUAUAGAAAAUUGUGGUCGCUGAUAAACAUUUCCAUAACUAACUGAUAUCAUUGUAAAAGCUUCUUUAAUCGGUUAAAAUGAUCGACUAUUUUUUCGCGGUAUUUCUAAAAAUCUUAAAUAUUCCUAACAAACCAGUUGCUCCAGAAAAAUGUGCCUCAAAACCAAGUACGUAAACAUGAAUUUGGUGGGUUAAAUUAUUAGUUUCGGAAAUGCUAAAAAGGUAAGAGUAUUGGGUGCUUCAUACAAUCAGUAUGCGAAUGUAAUUGCAAUUGAAAAUUGAUCCUCUUUGGAAAGCCAUUGAAGAUCAGUACACACUGAACCACCACAACUGUUUUACGCAAUUUAGGACUCAUCAGUAGUGAACACUGACAACCUCACCAAGAACAUCCGUUAUUUAGCUGGAAUCCAACAGUCCACACUUUCCCAUAUGUUUUGUGGGAUUUUCUUUGAGAUGAAUGACUGUGAGGAUAAAAAAUAUUCAGCAGUGCUAUUGUUCGACAUUGGACAUGAAUUUAAUGUUCUAAACGUCCUGCAAGAUGAUCAGCACUUCCGAAAAAUCAUCUUUUCUUGCUCCUUCCAGUUUUCCCUUCCCGAGUAUUUAUAUAUUUAACCUGUAAGCAAACAAAUAUUCGAACUUUCUCUCAAUCCUUUUACAGUUAUUG